AAAGUGACGAGUCCACAAAUAAAAUGAUUUUCGAUUCCCAAUGAGUUCAACACUACAGAACGAUUUUCUGACUGAUUUAGGAAAAACUAAUUUAGAUAAGGAAGCAGAAAACUUGGUAACUCUAAUAUUUUUGAUUGUAAUUUUUACAAUUUUCGCGUUAGCAGUCAUUGGAGCAAUUUUGAUAGGAUGUCUAAAGCCUCAAUGGUUCCGCCUAAAUAUUUAUCAAGACCCCGUUCCAAAAAUGGCAGACUUUUCAUGUAUAAACGUGUGUAUUCCAUGUAAUUCAUGCUCUUUACGUCAGUUACUUAAUGGAUGUUGUCCUAGAUUACAUUUAAAACAACGAUUCAACUUCAUAACAACGUGCUGUGACCGACCGGGACCCGAAAAAUUAAAUCUUGUUUGCUGUGUUGUUUAAUUGUUGUAAAUAGAAUGAAUAACAUUAUGUAUUAACGAAAACUACAAAGAUUUUAACCAUUCCGCUACAGUAACCGCCAGUACGGUAGAUUGCAAUUUUCGCUGAAUUUUCUAAUAUUAUUAUAUACUCUUUUCGAUAAUCUGCUAAUAAAUAUACAGAUGUACAAUUAAAA